AUGGCGAAGCCGUACGUGCCGCACGACGUCCUCGACGAGACGGCCAAGACCUCGCUGGUCGGCCUGGGCAGCGGCUUCUUCAUCGCCGCCAUCCAGAAUGCCCUGUCCAAGCGCAAUGUGGGCGCUAUGAGCGUCUUUACGCGGGGAGCUCCCAUUAUUGGCAUCUGCGCUGCUGGUCCCGGUGCCUAUGCUUUCUUCUCCCGGACGAUGAUGAACCUGCGUGAGAAGGAGGAUGCUUGGGCCGCUGCCUUUGGAGGUUUCAUGUGCGGCAGUGUUCUCGGACUUCCUUUCAAGCGCAUGCCCAUCGUGAUGGGUCUUGGUGCCUUUGUCGGUACCGUCCAGGGCCUUUUCCACGUCGCUGGUGGACGGCUGGACAGCUUCUACAAGGAGGAGGAUGAGUUUGAGCGCAGGGAGAUUGUCCGACGGACGACCCGGCUGCCCGUUGAGCAGACAAUUGCCGAGAUCGGCGAGGGACGAGGCAUCCGUCCUCCUGGCUACGAGGAGCGGAGACGAGCGCUGAUCAAGGAAAAGUAUGGCUUCGAAGUCAACCCCGUGAGCGCCUCUGUUGAGGGCAGCCAGUAA